AUGGUAUACGAGCCUUACCAGGAAGAGCUGCCAGCUAAUAAAGCCAAGGCAUGGUCUCUACUAAAGUCUUACAGCAAAAUCCCACCAAACGAGAUCGAGAGUCACCUGCGAGCAGUUCGUGAAAAAGCCAGGAAGGUCUUCCCGUACGGAUGCAUUGGUCGCUGGCUGUUCCUGGACUAUGCCAUCACCACGUUGCCGGAGUACCCCAGCAUCGUCCAGCGCAUCAAGUCAGGAGACAUCUUGCUUGACGCUGGGUGUGCUUUCGGCUAUGUGCUGCGGCAGUUAGCGUCUGAUGGUGCGCCCGCUGCCAAUUUGAUGGGGACUGACAUCGAACAAAGGUUUAUGGACCUGGGCUAUGAACUGUUUAAAGAUCGCGGCAUGUUCGUUGCUCGUUUCUUUGCAGGCGAUUUGUUGGAGUUGGAGGGCCACUCACUUGAUGAGGUUGAUGGAAAAGUCAGUAUCAUCCACGCUGCAGGGUUGUUUCACCUAUUUGAAUGGGAUGACCAAGUAAAGCUUGGAAUACGGCUCGUUGAAUUCUUUAAGCCGGAUGUCAAGAACCCGAUGCUCAUCGGGAGACAGAUUGGAGAUUUCCAUCCUCUGGACCCUGCUACCCAUGCAGAGCAAGGUCUCGGCUGGUAUCGUCAUAAUAUUGAGACGUGGCAGCAGUUGUGGGAUAGAAUUGGCGAGGAAACAGGCACUAAAUGGAAGGCCACUGGGUCUUUACCAGAGAUACCACGGUCUGCUAUUGGUGCUGACGCGCCGAGAGCUGGAUUUGAUUUUACUGUUUCACCGAGUCACGAGACAGACACUGCACCAACUCGCCUUUGUCGACGCGCCAUACACGCACCGCAUGCGGCGCGUUUUCCUGGAACAGUGCAGAGUGAGGAAACAGAGCGGAUGGAGUUGGCGAAAAUGCCACGCUGGCCUACGGCAUUCUCUGGAUGUCUCCAGACGCACUCGCCCGUCUCGGUGCGCCAGAGCCGGACUGUCGCGUCCCGCCAGGCCGACACCAGGAGCAACGAGUGGUGA